CCCACCCCCGCCCGGUUCCUCUCUCCGGCUCGCUGCUUGUCUCGCUUUGAUGCCGCCGAGCCCCAUCGCCACUUCUGGGCGGCCAUCAGGCGGAGGCGGCGGCGAGCUCCCGGGCUCCAGGGAGGGAGAUGGGGCAGGCAGUGACGCGCUGCCUCGGAGCCAGAGCCCGCGCAGCGCCCCGCAAGGCGAUGGACGGCCGAGCCCCGCGCGUGCAGGACGCUCCGGCGGCGCUCCCGCCGGCCGCACCCGCAGGGAGAAAACCAAAAGCCAAGGCUCCACUUCCUCCAGCUGAGACCAAAUGCCUUGAUGCCUCUUCAGUUGAUGAAUCUGUAGAAUCUUCUGCUUUUAUCAUGGAUCAGAAAGAGAACAUGACAGAUAAAGACAUUGAACUCUUGGUGGUUCUACCUGGAGAUAUUAUCAAAUCUACUACUGUUAAUGGCAGUAAACCUAUGAUGGACUUGUUGAUUUUCCUCUGUGCACAAUAUCACUUAAAUCCAUCAAGUCACACAAUUGAUCUGCUCUCAGCUGAAAACAACCCCAUUAAAUUUAAGCCAAACACACCAAUAGGAAUGUUGGAGGUGGAGAAAGUAAUUUUAAAGCCAAAAAUUCUGGAUAAGAAAAAACCUACACCUUUAAUACCGGAGAAAACUGUGAGAGUAGUGAUCAAUUUUAAGAAAACACAGAAGACAAUAGUGAGAGUUAGCCCACAUGCACCACUUCAAGAACUUAACGCCAUUAUAUGCAGCAAAUGUGAGUUUGAUCCCUUACACACACAGUUAUUGAAGGACUAUCAGUCUCAGGAGCCCCUUGACUUGACAAAAUCUCUUAAUGAACUGGGACUGAGAGAAUUAUAUGCCAUCGAUGUUAGCAAAGCCACUUCUGUUACUGCCUUCAAUAAGUCAUCUUUACAAGAGUCCUGCCAAAUAUCACAAAACCUAGACCUUAUGAAGGAUAAAGAAAGUAAAGGGUUUUUCAGCUUAUUUCAACGCAGUAAGAAAAAGCGGGAGCAAACUGUCAGUGCUCCUGCGACUCCUCUAGUAAGUAAGCACCGGCCAACUUUUACAAAGAGCAAUACCAUUUCCAAACAGUAUAUUUCAAACACCCUGCCGUCGGAUGCCCCCAAGAAGAGGCGCGCCCCACUGCCUCCAAUGCUGGGGUCUCAGAGUGCCCCCCAGGACCUCGCGCACAUCCAGGAGAGGCCAGCUUCUUAUAUGGUGAAAUCCCCGAGUGUGGAUGAAACAGAGGAGAGUUCCUAUGGAGCAGGCAGAGUGAGGACGGGUUCUCUGCAGCUCAGCAGCACAUCUGCUGGGAAUUCAUCUUUGAAAAGGACAAAGCGAAAAGCACCUUCCCCGCCCUCGAAAACAGUCCCGCUGCAAAGCGAUGAGAACAGUCAUGUGACUGCCACGCAGUCCGUCCCUGCAGUUCUUACCAACAGUGGUGUAGAAGUGAGCUCGUCUGAGGGCCUGUCCAGCCCAGACGCCUCCCUCGGCCCUGGGAAUGAACAGCGCGCUGUGUCCCAGCUGCCGGCCGGAGCCCCUGUCUCGGGGUGCCCUGGGACGCCUGAGGCUGCCGCCACAUCUCUGCCCUCUGGAAUAAGCUCUGAUUAUAGCCUUGAAGAGAUAGAUGAAAAGGAAGAACUGAGUGAAAUGCCUAAAGAUGAGGCUGAAAAUACUUCUCUGAAGUCACAAGACAUUCCUACUGUAUCUACUGAUAUAAUAAAUACACUGAAAAAUGAUCCUGACUCAGCCCCUGGCAGUGCUACUGGAGAGUCCUCACAAAACUCCAAAGAAGAAAAACAAGGAACUAGAAACACAGAUGAACAAAGGCCACACAUUAUGGUAUGUAAUUCAAGUGACAAAGAGAGGGUAGUUGACAGUGUAAGAAACCUGAAGUCACUGGACCCAAACCAAGAGAAAGUAGAUCAACAUGAAAUAAUUGUCAUUCCAACAAACACAGAAAAUAUGAAAAAUGGAGUGAGAACAGAAAUCAAUGUAGCAGAUGUUGCCCAAAAUAACAAUGUGGACACAGAAGCUGACAGACUAUCAAAUUAUCAGGCAUAUAAAACUGAUACUGCUGGAUAUUACAAAGAAAAUCAUCUUGCUGUUUCAUCAGCACCAGAUCAAAACCUGAUUCAACCCAGUGCAGAAAAGACAAAAAUGCAAGAUGCAGCAAUUCAGACAAUCCCUUCCUGUGACAGUUUUGAUGGGGAUCAGCAAGAUCAGAAUUUGUCUGACGUCAAAGUUGAUGAAAGUGUGCAAACUUCAAGUAACAACAAAUCAACUCAACGCUCAUCUUUAAGCCCACAAGAGUCUAUAGAUAUCUCAGGAGAAUUCAGGAGUCAGAGCCCCCUUGUUGUACAUACAGAAGAGCAACUCACCAUAAAAGAUCCAACUUGUGCACAUGGUAGUGACACUCUUUUGCCUCCUAUAGACGGAACUGAUAAAAAUUCAACAGCUUCUUAUGUAAAGAAUUAUCCAUUUUACAGACAAGAUUAUAAUCCCAAACCAAAACCUUCAAAUGAAAUUACAAGAGAGUACAUACCCAAAAUUGGGAUGACUACUUAUAAAAUAGUGCCUCCCCGAUCCCUAGAAAUAUCAAAAGAUUGGGAAUCGGAAACCAUAGGGUAUAAAAGUGAUCAGGAGAUAUACACUUUAGGGAAAAGGGACACCUAUGAGAAUGUGAAAGAAACUACAAUCCAAACAGAAGAUCUCGUCAUUUCUGAAAGCCCAAAGGAGUCACAAGCAGACCUGAAAUCAAAGCCUACCCUGAGAACAGAGCAUCAGUUGCAAAGUGACGAGAGCUUUACCCGCAGCAGAGUGGUGAAUCCUCUGAAACCUCCCAGAAUGAUGAGUGACACUGGCACAGCUCCUUUUGCGCCAAAAUUGGAAGAUAUAAACAAUAUUUUGGAAUCAAAAUUUAAAUCGCGGGUUUCAAAUCCCCACUCCAAACCAAGUGCUUUUUUCUUGCAGAUGCAAAAAAGAGUUUCAGAUCACUAUGUGUCAUCUGCAGCCGCCAAGAGUGUUCAUGCUGCCUCUAAUCCUACUCCAAAGGAAUUAAUAAAGAAAGAGGUGGAAAGGGAUACAAUACCUCCUCCAGAGCCAGCUCUUUCUCCCUUAAGUAAAACUAUUCAAUCUUUUCCACAGCCACACGUUCAAAACACUGAUGAUGACAGCAACCAGAAGCCUACUGAAACCUCCCCUCCUCCUGUGGCCUCCAAACCUGUUCCUCUUCCCAAGAGUCAGUUAGCAACACUAAAUCUGAAAACUCUGAAAACUUUUGGUGCCCCACGACCAUACUCCAGCUCUGCUCCUUCACCGUUUGCCCUCGCUGUGGUGAAACGGUCACAGUCUUUCAGCAAAAGCCCUACAGAGUCAUGCAGUGAGGAGGUCAAGGGUGCCUCUGCCGGAACUCCAACUGAUGCAGAGAAAGGGAAGAUCCCUUCUUUAAAUACAUUUGGGAACAUGCCACAACUAGGUGUGAGUGAUAAGGAAAAUAACUCUGCACAUAAUGAACAGAAUCCUCAAAUACCAUCUCCAACUGACUGCCGGUCGUUCACUCUUAAGAGACAAAGUUCUUCGACAUUCCAAAGCUCUGACCCAGAACAGAUCCGACAGAGUUUGCUGACUGCAAUUCGUUCUGGAGAGGCUGCUGCCAAAUUGAAAAGGGUUACAGUUCAACCAAAUACAAUAUAUGUGAAUGGAAAAUCAAGACUCAGCCGUUCUAUGUCCCUUGAUGCCCCGGGUAACUGUUAAAUGUUGCCCUGCCAUGCCGCACUUCACCGCCUCUACUGCACAGAACAACUUCAUACUGAUGGAGAAUGUUAGCAAAUGUAUAUUCAGAUAUACACUAAUAUAUUAUCUAUUAAAGCAUAAGAAUUUGUGCUGUGACUUUUAAUGCCAAAAGAAGAAUUACCAGAAUUUAUAAUUUAUAAUAAUAAGUUUGGCCUUUUUUGCCUUAAGAACUGAAUAUGCUGCUUUAGAACUUUAAGACAAGGUGUUGAUAACUCAUUUUUUCAAAUGAGAAAUAGUCACUUUUUGUUGAUUUCACUUAUUUUUCACUUAUUAAUACAUUACCUACAAUGGUGACUUAGACAAAAGGAUAAAUUAGGAUUCAUAGACUUAUUUAUGUGACACCUAAAUAGCUAGGCAAACAUAGAUCUGACAUUUGCUGCCUCAAUGUUACAGUUUAAUUGGAAAUGUUUUUAAGUUAUAUUAAAGCCUGUUUGUGCUGAAAGUUUGAUCUAGAAAACUAAUGAUAUCAAUAAGUAUAUUCAGUUUAACAGUUAAUUUCAAUGAUGAAUCACUUAGUGUGCAGGUCUUAUCUUGCACAUUCUUUAUGUAAUUACAAAAUCAGUGUCAAGUUUAUGGAAAAGCUCAUAGUAUUUUAAUAUUUUAUUAACAUGGACACUUACGUUUUUUCAUCUUUAGAACUUAAAUUGCUCAAGGAGAAUUUUAAAUAUUUUCUGUAUAUAAUUAUAACAUUAUUGUCACACAGAUUUUACACAUUUUAUGUGCCAGAAGCCUUAAAAAUCUUCCUGUGAAAAUGUUGAUAUAUUGUGACAGUUAUUUCAAAUUCGAUAUGUAGAGAAGAAUAGGGGUUAGUUUAUGUCCAUAUUGGAAAACUUUAAAGAUUACUUGGAGGUUUCAGAAAUCCUGGUUUUAAUUAAAGUGAUAAAGUCAUUAUGUAGUUCAGAAGCUAAUAUUCUAAAUAAUAUAUAUUUACAUUAAAGCUAAAAUUGUUAAGCAAAACGAUGCCUAACUUGUUGGCUUAUAACGAUUCUGGGGUCUGGAGCUUGUUGAUGUCCUGGUUCCUACCUGAAGAGUUUAAUUGCUUGCUUAUUCUAAAUGCCUUGUCAAACAAACUGAUGUUAUGUUAGUUACUGUGAUAUCUGCCUCUUUGGAAAAUAUGUUGAUUUUUCCCCUGUUUAAUAAAAGCAAGUUACAUAUUUGG